CCGGCCCCCAGAAACGGGAGCGAGAAGUAUCCAUGCCAAGGUUCCCUCUCACUUAUCGGCCUGGACCUGCUCGCCUCCUCCUCCGUCACUGAGAGAAUGAAAGGAUGGCCGAGCCGCGACGCGGGGACCAUGGAGGGCUGACUGACGCUGCCUCGGCGACUCACCGGGAUGAGCAGCAGCGUCGCAACGCGAUGAACUCGACGGAGGAGGCAACCGUGGAGGGUCUCUCCCUGGAAGAGAUACUCCGGCUUUACAGCCAGCCCAUCAACGAGGAGCAGGCAUGGGCGGUGUGCUACCAGUGCUGCAGGACGCUGGCGAAGGGGCACCGAAUGAGGGGGAGCUCAUCCGCCGCCGCAGCAGCCGGAGCAUCGUCAGCGGAGGCUCCAAGGAGGAUAUCCGGACCGGGGAAUGUCAGGAUACAGAAAGACGGGUCCGUAAGGGUGGAACACCGGGGCUGUCCAGGUAAAUACAGCCCUUGCACAACAACAGAGGUGAUUGAGUCUCUGGGCAUCAUGAUCUACAAGGCUCUGGAUUACGGGCUGAAGGAGACCGAGGAGAGGGAGCUCAGCCCUCCUCUGGAGCAGCUAAUUGACCUCAUGACCAACAUGGCCGAGGCAGAGAGGGACGCCUGCCCAGACGAAGGCUAUGAGGCCACAGAGGAAGAGGAUGAGGUGGAGGAUGACUCCGACAACAUCUCCAGCGUGCACGGCUACAGAGAUAUUUUCAAGCUGUGCACAGCUCAUCUGCCCAGUCUGUCAGACACGCCUAGUCACUACCAGGCAGUUUGUCGUGCUCUGUACACAGAAACCAGGGAGCUCGGCACUUUCCUGGAGAAGAUCAAGAGCGCCAAAGAGAACCUCCGUAAGAUAGAGGAAGGGCCAUCGGAUGACCCUGGCAGAGACCUUAAUGAGCUACAGAAUGCUGACUGGGCUCGAUUCUGGGUUCAGGUGAUGAGGAACCUGCGUGAAGGAGUGAAGCUGAAGAAGGUGCAGGAGCGUCAGUACAACCCUCUGCCCGUCGAGUAUGAGCUCACCCCAUACGAGAUGCUCAUGGAUGACAUCCGGUUCAAACGCUACAAACUGCGCAAAGUCAUGACAAAUGGAGACCUCCCACUGAGGUUAAAGAAGAGUGCUCAUGAAGUCAUCUUGGAGUUCAUCAGGUCAAGGCCACCUCUCAACCCUGUGUCCGCCCGGAAGCUGAAGCCGCAGACUCAGCUUCCUCCAACGCUGCAUGAACGCAUUUUGGAGGAAAUCAAAGCGGAGAGGAAGCUCCGCCCAGUGUCUCCUUCUGAGGUCCGCAGAGGAAGGCUGGGUUUUGGCAAAACUCGCAGUAUGCUACAGGAUUUGUUCCGUGCUGGACUCGAUGAGUUUAGUCCCUACAUGGGCAGGAGGACUUCAAGCUCUCUGUGUCUGGCCAACGGAUCAGCCUCUACCAGGGAAGAACCCUCUGGAUCUCAGUCUGUGCCUCCGAGAAAGAGGCUCCUGAAGGCUCCGAGUCUCGCCGAGCUGGACAGCUCUGACUCUGACGAUGAGAUUUUUGGCCGUAAAUCAGCCAGCAGCUCCAGCGUGGCUACAUCCGCGAUGGAUGAUACGUCCCCGGAGUGUGCUCUGGGAAAGAAAACUCCCCCCAUGUUCCUGCCCAUCUCUUCUACACCCCAGCCAGAGAGGCGUCAGACUCCUCAGCGGAGACACUCCAUCGAGAAGGAGACUCCAACCAACGUUCGACUGUUUCAGCCGCCCUGCAAAAAGAGCUCCAGGUCCCUGGAGGAGUUCUGUUUCCCUGUGGAGUGUCUGUCUCUGACGGUGGAUGAGGUGAUGCACAUCAGACAGGUGCUGGUGAAGGCAGAGUUGGAGAAGUUCCAGCAGUACAAAGACAUUUACAACGCUAUGAAGAAGGGGAAGCUGUGCUUCUGUUGUAGAAGCAAAAGGUUUUCCUUUUUCACCUGGUCCUACAUCUGCCAGUUUUGCAAAAAGCCUGUGUGUGCGCAGUGCUGCAAAAAGAUGCGGCUUCCAUCCAAACCUUACUCCAGCUUGCCCAUCUACUCCAUCGGCUCCACCAACACUCUCCCCAGUGAAAGGGUCGGUCCUAUGGGACAAGGGUUGUCUGUGGCUGGAGGGCUGGGGCCGUCAGCAGUGGGAGGGGCCAUGGCGCCCCCCACUGUGAAAAUAGAAACAACAGGGGCAUUGAAAAGAGCUGGAAAAGUCUCUGGACCAACUGCUGCUGCUGCUGCUGCCAAAUGUGAGAAAUCCUCCAGUAGCCCGCAGCGCCACGCCAUUCACAAGACCAUGUCCAAGUUCUCGAAGCAUGGCUCUUUGAAGUCCCAUGAAGAACUGGAGCUUCCCUCAGAGCUGACGGAGGACUGGGCCACCAUGGAGGUGUGCGUGGACUGCAAGAAGUUCAUCUUUGACAUUAUUGCCUCCAGCAAGCACAGCCUGUCGCUGGCCACCAAGAGAGCUCGCCUAAAACGCAAGACCCAGUCCUUCUACUUGUCAUCGCCAAAAGGAAGGGAGGAAUACCGGCCCUCUGAGCGAACAAUCAAGGAGAUAUGAAACUCUCUUGCUCUCUUUCUCUCUCUCUCUCUGCACAAUUAUAAAGAUUCAACCAUUUUAAUUUAAGUUUAUUUUAUAUAGCCCAAUAUCAUAAAUUAAAAAUUUGCCUCAAAGAGCUUUACAAUCUGUAAACAUACGACAUCCCUGUCCCAGGACCUCACGUCAAAAUUAAGAUCGAUCUGAUAAAUAACAUUUAAUCCAAUUUAGUGCGGUAGCUGAAAUGCCAAUCGACUGAUCCAAUCUCUGUAAUAGGAUGUCAUGGUCAAUGGUGUCGAACGCAGCACUAAGGUCUAACAGACCAGUACAGAGAUGAGUCCUUUAUCAGCACUAAGGUCUAACAAGACUAGUACAUAGAUGAGUCCUUUAUCAGCACUCAGGUCUAACAAGACUAGUACAUAGAUGAGUCCUUUUUCAGCACUAAGGUCUAAAGACAAGUAUAGAGAUGAGUCCUUUAUCCGAUGCAAUUAAGAGGUAAUUUGCCAAUCGACUGCCCCAGUCUCUGUAAUAGGAUGUCAUGGUCAAUGGUGUCGAAUGCAGCACUAAGGUCUAACAAGACCAGUACAGAGAGGAGUCCUUUAUCUGCUGCCAUUAAGAGGUCAUUUGUAAUUUUCACCAGUGCUGUCCCUGUGCUGUGGUGUUUUCUAAAUCCUGACUGAAAGUCCUCAAAUAAACUAUUAUGAUGUAGAAAGUCACACAACUGAUCUGCGACCACUUUCUCAAGGAUCUUGGAGAGGAAGGGGAGGUUAGAGAUCGGUCUGUAGUUAGCCAACACCUCUGGAUCAAGAGUGGGCUUCUUCAGGAGAGGUUUAAUUACAGCUACUGUGAAGGAAUGUGGUACGUGGCCUGUUAGCAAAGACACAUUGACAAUAUCUAACAGAGAGGUGCCAAUUAAAUACAAAACGUCUUUAAGCAGCCUCGUCGGGAUGGGGUCAAAGAGACAGGUUUACGGUUUAGAAGCAGAAACCAUUGAAGACAACUGGUCAAGGUGGAUGGUAGAAAAGCCAUCCAAAUAUACAUCAGGGCAUAGAGCCGUUUCCAAGGCCACUUCACUUGAGGAUAGAUUGGCACUGGUUGAGGGCAAGAGAUCCUCAAUCUGGCCUCUAAUAGUUAGAAUCUUUUCAUUGAAGAAGUUCAUGAUGUUAUUACUACUGAGGUCUAUAGGAAUACACGGCUCAAGAGCUGUGACUUUCUGUCAGCCUGGCUACGUGCUUAAGAGAAACUGUAUAUAUUCCUACUAUACGUGUAUACUUCAGUCAGAUAAAGCUAAAAGUCAGAGUGAUAUGAACCUCAGUUCUUUGUUCCUGUGUCCUGUACAGCUCCUUCUUUUUUAUUAUGACCAUAACAUAGAUGUUCCUUUAAUCUCUGGCCACAGACUUAUCAGUCAAGAAACAAGAACUGUUGAGAUGACAACGUGUCAAAGUAGAAUUACCCCCAGCCCCGUCCACUCGGUCCAACUCAACUCACUCCAAAUCGAUAAGCACAAGACAGACAGAGGAGUGAUGUGUGUUUGACCUCCUGUGUCACCGGCACUGCAGAAGACUCAAGGCCUGCAGAGAUCAUACUGAAAAUAAGACAUUUUAGACUGUACAUUUUAUAUGGGUUUUAAUUUCUGUAUUUGUACACAUGUGCAUACAGUAAAUGAUUGUUCGAUGAAGCUACCCUCUGCUUAUUUCAAGUUGGAGUUGUAUUUCGAGAUUCUCCCUCACAAUCCUCUUUACCGAGUGUACUCCAAUUGGGCCUCCUUCUUUGUUUCCGCGCAUCCGUUGUUGUUAUUUUUUGCAACAAAUGUCAAAUCUAUUAUCUCAAAAUUAAUAUUCAAGUAUCUAAUAAGCACCGCUCAUUUUUCUAUUAAGAUUGAAGCUAAUCCGCUAAUCCAAGACUGUGUGGGUCAUAUUUGAUGAAAUUUGAUUGACAGUGCUCGAGCACUCCAGCGAUUUCAGUAUUGCACUACCAUAAAGCAAGGGGACAGAUUAUGACAAGAAUGGGGAAUUUUAAAGCUGCAAAGGCUGAGGUGUGUGUGUGUGUGUGUGUGUGUGCGUGUGUGCGUGUGUGUGUCCAUUUGUCCCCAUAUAAGCUUCAAAAAACAUUUUCCACAAUGCAACUCCACUGGAUCCUUCGUUAAAACGUUCCUGACUGGUUCCUGACUGGUUCCUGACUCCCCACGCCUUUCAAACUCCACAGCCCCAAGUUGGUAACACAUAUAACACAAACAAACGUCCCCACAGCUGUCAAUUCAAAAGUUGCUAAAUCCUGAUUGGUGCAAGGCACAUUACAUCAUCCGGUUCCAAAUGACAUCAUCCGUUUCAUGUGGGCAAAACAAAAAACAGAAAUCUCUUAUGCAGAAUGAUCUAAAAUAUUCUAACUUUGACAGAAAAUGUCUUAUUCAUAUUGAAGGUAAAAAAGGAAGUUAUAUUAUAUAUUAUAUUAUUAUUAUAUAUAUUUUAGGGCCUUUUGAAGCACAUUUCUCAACCAUACAUUAAUACAUUGCAACUUAAAUUUUAAUGUACCUUUUUUAAAUGUAAGGUAAAAAUAUUUUAUUUUUUGCAUUAAUAUAAAUGAAAUAUCUGAACUUAUAAUAUUUUUUUUACAUUAGAUUUCUGACUUGUUUUUUGUAAUGUGAGUAUUAGGCAGCAAACACAUACUCAACUUCUUAAUAUGGUGCCUUUAUGAUUUACCACCAACAUUAAGAGACUCAUUGACAGGAAGAAAUACAUGACUUUUUGUUUGGAUUUCUAUUUCCCUCUGCAUCCCAUUCCUCAUCUCCCUCCUUAAAACAUCUCUGCCUUAAGAACUGCCUUUUGUGAUCACUAUUGUACAUUGAACAGUCAUCUUCUGUAACUACAUACUUUGUUUGACAGGCUGCAGAUAUGUGUCUCUGAGAGGGAAACUAUCCCAGUACAGUGUGGGAAGUCUACAGGACAGUGUGACAGCAGGAUGCAUGUACGACGGUGUACUUGUACCCUCAAUUUGUAUUACCUUUAAGCUGUAACUCCCCUCAGAGAGUACACCACAUGAUGACUACAACAAUAAACUAUAAAGCAAUACCUGAUCAAA